CUCGGACUGCUUGAGAUAUCCGCGAGGAGGAGGAGCUGUCAAAGUUUGAGUUUCCCAGAGAAGUAAAAAAGUCUUUUACUUAACGAGAAAAAAAAAAGAAAAAAGAUUUUGGAGUUUUGAACAAGCGGAAUAUCGCGUGUUGUUGGUAUGGAAUGACACCUUCUCACCGGGAUUCCUGACGAAAAACACGAUGGCAACUGGUUUCGUGAAGUGGUUCAGUCUCACCUCUCUGCUGUGCCUGGGCUGCUGUGUUCUGGCGGAAAGGAAAGAAUGCCAAGGCAUCACCAACCGUUUAAACCUCCUGGGUUCUACAGAUGACCACUACCUGAACAUGGUGAAGACCUACAGCAACUGCACUGUGGUCCUGGAGAACCUGGAGGUCACCCACAUGGAGGAUCACCGUGACCUGUCCUUCCUCUCGUCUAUUGAAGAAGUGGGCGGCUAUGUGCUGAUCGCCCUCAACACAGCAUCCAGGAUUCCUCUGCAGAACCUGCGCAUCAUUCGAGGUCAUUCGCUCUAUGAGGGAAUGUUUGGCCUCGCUGUGCUGACCAAUUAUGAGAAAGCUACAAAUCAGGUCACCAGUGAGCUUCUUCUGACCAGCCUGACAGAAAUUCUUAAAGGAGGUGUUAAGUUUGGGAACGACCAGCCGUGCAAUGUGGAAACGAUACAGUGGUAUGAUAUUGUCAACGCUGACAGCAAACCCACAAUGGUGCUCCCAUUGGCCAUCAGCCAUCCACGUUGUAAAAAAUGCGACCCAAGCUGCUUCAAUGGUUCGUGCUGGGCACCUGGUCCUCAAAACUGUCAGAACUUAACAAAGCUGAACUGUGCACAGCAGUGCUCGAAGAGAUGCAAAGGGCCUUCACCCAGCGACUGCUGUAAUGAGCAUUGUGCUGCAGGCUGCACAGGACCGCGGCCCACCGACUGUCUGGCCUGUCGGGACUUCCAGGACGAAGGGGUGUGUAAGGCCUCCUGCCCGGGCCUCAUGCGCUACGACCCCAACCUGCACCAGUUGGUACCCAACCCACUUGGAAAGUACAACUACGGGGCCACCUGUGUCAAGAUCUGCCCACAUAACUAUGUUGUAACUGAUCAUGGAGCGUGUGUGCGGACGUGCAGUGUUAACACAUUCGAGGUGGACGAGGGAGGAAUCAGGAAGUGCGCCAAGUGUGACGGACUGUGCCCAAAAGUGUGUAAUGGACUUGGGGCCGGAAACCUGACUAACAUCUUGUCUAUCAAUGCCACCAACAUUGACUCAUUUAGAAACUGCACGAAAAUCAAUGGUAACAUUGCUAUCAUCCACCCAUCGAUUUAUGGAGAUGCGUAUACCAAUACACCAAAGAUGGACCCUUCCCAGCUUGAUGUGUUUAAGACAGUGAAGGAAAUUACUGGAUACUUGUUGAUUCAAACGUGGCCAGAGAACAUGAACUCACUCAGUCCUUUUGAGAAUCUGGCGAUCGUUCGAGGACGAACAAAACGGGGUAGCCGCAGUGUUAUUAUGGCUCAGCUCAAUAUCAACUACCUGGGCCUUCGCUCCCUGAAAGAAAUCAGCGAUGGAGACGUUGUCAUCCUUAAGAACCGAAACCUCUGCUACACAGACAAAAGCCACUGGAAGGGGCUUUUCAAAUCAGAAAGCCAAACUGCUACCAUAGAGGAAAAUGCUGACGCUGCCACAUGUGCCCUGAGGAACAACACUUGUGACAGGAAGUGUUCCACAGACAGCUGCUGGGGCCCCGGCCCGGACAUGUGUUUCGCCUGCCGUGACCAUAGCCGUGAUGGGAGCUGUGUUGACUCCUGCAACAUCCUGGAGGGAGAGCCUCGGGAGGUUGUCGUGAAUAAAACCUGCAUGGAGUGUCACCCCGAGUGUCAACGCAUGAAUGGGACCACAACCUGCAAUGAACCUGGUUCUGGAAACUGUACCAAGUGUGCCAACCUCCAAGACGGCCUGUUCUGUGUGCCUCGAUGUCCCCAAGGCGUGCCAGGGGAGGACGACAUGCUGGUGUGGAAAUACGCAGAUGAGAUGAAAGUUUGCAAGCUGUGCCACAAAAACUGCACUCGAGGGUGCAGGGGACCUGGUCUCAAAGGCUGCCAGAGAGGUGAAGGCCGCUCUGGCCUUUCCAUGAUUUCGGCCGGUGUAGUUGGUGGGCUGCUGGCCGUUCUUAUUGCAGGCCUGUCUGUGUUUGUGUUGCUCCGCCGACGCCACAUCAAGAGGAAGAGAACCAUGCGCAGACUUCUCCAAGAGAAAGAGUUGGUUGAACCUCUGACUCCAAGUGGAGAGGCACCAAACCAGGCUCUGCUGCGGAUUCUGAAGGAACCCGAAUUUAAGAAAAUCAAAGUGCUGGGAUCAGGAGCUUUUGGGACAGUUUACAAGGGCCUGUGGGUUCCAGAGGGAGAGGAUGUGAAGAUCCCGGUGGCCAUCAAGGUUUUGAGAGAGGCCACAUCACCGAAAGCAAACAAAGACAUCUUGGACGAGGCCUAUGUGAUGGCCAGCGUUGAACACCCCCACGUGUGUCGUCUGCUUGGCAUCUGCCUGACGUCCACUGUGCAGCUCGUCACCCAGCUCAUGCCCUACGGCUGCCUGCUGGACUAUGUCAAAGAGAACAAGGACAACAUCGGCUCCCAGUACCUGCUCAACUGGUGUGUGCAGAUAGCCAAGGGUAUGAACUACCUGGAGGAGCGCCACUUGGUGCACCGUGACUUGGCAGCGAGAAACAUCCUGGUGAAGACUCCUCAACAUGUCAAGAUCACCGACUUCGGUCUGGCCAAACUCCUCAACGCGGAUGAGAAAGAGUACCAUGCAGAUGGCGGAAAGGUACCAAUUAAAUGGAUGGCUCUUGAAUCAAUCCUGAACAGAACAUACACACACCAGAGUGACGUAUGGAGCUAUGGCGUAACCGUUUGGGAGCUGAUGACAUUUGGGACCAAACCGUAUGACGGGAUUCCAGCCAGUGAAAUAGCCGGGGUCCUGGAGAAAGGGGAGAGACUGCCUCAACCGCCAAUCUGUACCAUAGAUGUCUACAUGAUCAUGGUGAAAUGUUGGAUGAUUGACGCAGAUAGCCGACCGCGUUUUCGGGAACUAAUAGCCGAGUUCUCAAAAAUGGCUCGGGAUCCUCCUCGAUAUCUGGUCAUCCAGGGCGAUGAUCGCAUGCACCUGCCGAGUCCCACAGACACUAGAAUGUACCGCAGCCUGAUCAGUGGGGAGGGCAUGGAGGACCCUGUGGAUGCGGACGAGUACCUGGUGCCACAACAUGGCUUCUUCAACAGCCGGAGCAAGUCCACUACCCCGCUGCUUCACUCCACAAGUCUGAACAGCAGCAUUGGAACGUGCCACAGCAGAAAUGGAUUAUUCAAUGCAUUCCCGAGCAGAGAUGGAAGCGUGGUGCUCCGAUACAUUCCUGACCCCACAGACAAACUUUUAGACGAGGCCUUCCUGCCAUCUCCAGACUACAUGAACCAGAACGGAGUUUCAGACGUGAUGAAUCCCAUCUACCAGCACCCGGGUCCACUUCGCACCGUCCUUCCCACCAUCUCUUCAGACGACACGGAGACCGAGUACCUGAACUGCUUUAAAAACGAGGGCAUCGAACCCGAGUACCUCAACGAGAUCACGUCCCCCGCCGUCCUCCCGCUCACCUCCAACGGCACGGUCCACAGCGUUCAGAAAUACCAUCCCCAGAAUAGCAUAGACAACCCUGAUUACCAACAGGAUUUCACUCCCACCUUCAAGACCCACGCCAACGGACACAUCCCAGCGGCUGAAAACGCAGAGUACCUGGGCCCAGACUGAGGACUUAGUGGAUACAGACAAUACAGAGGAGACUGUUUCCUGUUCCAUUAAUAAGGAGCAUUGAUGCUGAGGCUGAGAAGGCAUAGCGAAGUGGUACCAUCAAUUAUUAUACGCGUCUUACGGAGUCAAGUGACACUUUGUACGAGCUUUCCGUGUUGUUUGCAUGCAGGCAGAACUGUCAGGCAGAACCCCUCUCAUUCCAAAGACUUUUUUUUUUCUCACCACCAAACUACAAAAUGACUUUUUCUUGAUUAAAGCUGGACGGAAGAUGACUCGGUUGACCUGAGAGUUGCUGGAUCAGAUGUGCUCUGUGUCCGUAUGUCG